ACUGGGUAGCUGCAGUUAAUCAUUCAGAGACUCUUAUAGUGUGAGCUCUGAGGUGCUUGUGUUUGUCUUCUUGGCUUUGGAGCGUAAUCAUUGGGAUAUUGAAGGGCCCCUGAAGGAUGUCUGGUCGUGGUAAGAAGGCUGUUGCCAAAGCGAAGAGCUCCAUGAGCCGUUCGACACGGGCCGGGCUGCAGUUCCCCGUGGGCCGCGUUGCCCGUCUGCUGCGAAAGGGAAACUAUGCAGCCCGCAUCGGCACAGGUGCUGCAAUUUACUUGACCGCCAUCCUGGAGUACCUGUGCGCCGAGGUCCUGGAGCUGGCUGGCAAUGCCGCACGGGACAACAAGAAGCUGAGAGUCACUCCACGACACAUCCAAUUGGCCGUGCGUAAUGAUGAGGAGCUCAACACCCUGCUGGGUGGUGUCACCAUUUCAGAGGGGGGUGUCCUGCCCAAUAUUCAGGCCCAGCUUCUGCCCAAGAAGACUGUCAAAGGCCUGAAGAGCUCCUUCCAUGAUGAUGAAGGCAAAGACGUGCAGUCACAGGAGUUCUGAUGUGGAGAGAUGUUUUAUUUUAAGAAAAUAUUAAAGUAACAUUUUUAAAUUCUUGCUUUUGUCUACAGCUGUGUGGCUCCUGUGGGAUAUUUUGGGUCUUAUUAAUGGGUGUGGCUUACCUAGACUGGGAGCUAUGCAGCAGCUGUGCAUGUGUAAGGUGAGAUCAUGAA